AGUAGCGUACAUAUACAGGUAUCAUCUAUCCUUGCAUCUUUGUCAUGAUAAGAUAGCCAUCUGGUCAUUUCUUUCCUUCCAGCUUGCGUUUUUCUCAACCCAGUCGGAAGCCAUUGAAAGCAUGGCAAGUGAACAAUUGAGUGGCAGAUGGUCUCUUAAUGGAAUGACUGCCCUUGUUACUGGUGGCACCAGAGGCAUUGGGCAUUCCAUAGUGGAAGAGUUAGCAGGAUUUGGAGCCAUAGUAUACACAUGUUCAAGAAACCAAAAGGAACUUAAUGAAAGGCUGCAAGAAUGGGGAGCAAAGGGUUACAAAGUCUAUGGUUCAACUUGCGAUUUGGCUUCAAGACCAGAAAGAGAGGAACUAAUGAAGAAUGUCUCUUCCACCUUCGACGGCAAGCUGAACAUACUGGUUAACAAUGCAGCGGCAAUUAUCUUGAGAAGAGCAACAGACCUUUCUGCUGAAGAUUUUUCACGUGUAUUGGGAACAAAUCUUGAGGGUCCUUACCACUUGUGUCAACUUGCGUAUCCGCUUCUGAAAGUAUCAGAAGCUAGAAGUAUUGUUUUUAUCUCAUCUGUGGCUGGUGGCACUGCAUUGCCGGGUACUUCAAUUUAUGGAAGUUCAAAAGGUAAGACGCACCUUUAAUUACUCAAUUACUAGUACCUAAUGAAAAUCAAUUUUUGUAUGUUUUUUUCUUUUAACAAUUAGCGACACGUAUACUGUCUUACUCUAAUUGGAAGGGAAGUAAGACCUGAUUAUAUGAGGAAUUAGUAGCAAUUGGAACAAAACUAAACCAUAAAAAUGUGCUGCUAAUUGAACUCUAGGAGGAUUUGGAAUUUAAAUUCUUGACUUAUAGCCUAGAAACCGCAUGUUGAU